AUGGAAAAGGUCAAGCUGAAAGAAGUACUUGCAAACCAUCGUGGGCGUGUCUGUUUCACUUCAGACUUAUGGACAGCUCGAGGUACAGUUAUGAGUUAUAUUUGUUUGACUGCACACUACAUUGAUGAAAACUGGCACUUGAAUAGCAAGAUUUUGGCUUUCUGUAAACUUAAAUCUCCUCACACUGGUGAAGAAAUCUCUAACAAGAUUCUGGAAUGUUUGAAAGAAUGGGGAUUGGAGAAAAAUAUGAUUAGUGGUAGUGGUUUAUUAUGUGAUGGGAAACUUAUGCAUGUUAGAUGCUGUGCCCAUAUUCCGAAUCUGAUAGUGAAGAAAGGUUUAGAUCUAGAGAAAGAUGUUCUGCACAACAUCAGAAAGAGUGUGAUAUAUGUUAAAGCAUCUCCAAAGAGGAAAGACGCUUUUGCUGCAUGUGUUAAGAGAGUAAAGAUUAAGAGUGGAGCAGGGUUAUCACUUGAUGUUCCUACCACAUGGAACUCCACAUAUGAGAUGCUUACUUUGCCUUCUGAUAAUGAAUGGAAUCGUGGAGAGAAAAUCUGUGAGUUGUUGAAGCCGUUUAGUGGUAUCACGACGCACUUUUCAGGUUCUAAGUAUCCUACUUCUAAUGUCUAUUUUACACAAGAGUGGAGAAUUGAACUGUUUCUGAGGAAAUUUGCAUCUUGUGAUGAUGAAGAUGUGGCAAAACUGGCUCAGGAAAUGCAGAUUAUGUUUACCAAGUAUUGGAAGGAUUAUAGUCUUAUUUUGGCAAUGGGAGCUGUUUUAGACCCAAGAAUGAAACUGCAAAUGCUUGAAGUAGCUUAUGAAAGAGUUAAUCCAACUACUUCUGCAUCGAAAAUCAAAGAACUUAAAGACAAUUUGGAGAUGCUCUAUGAAGAUUAUAAGGCUAAGUCUAGGACAUGUUCUUCAAGUGUUUCUGUAACUCCAAAUCCGCAUGAUUGGGUCAAUAAAUCUCCACUUGAUGACGAUUAUGACAAUGUAAGAAUGUUGCUUUUGUUGCUUAUGUUGCUUCUUUUCUGUAGGAUCUUUUUUAGCUUGAAAAAAGCAUCGGAGUUGGAGUAG